AUGGGUCUGGCCAAGAAUGGAAAGUUUAAUCUAAUGGAUCUGUACCAUGCUUUAGACAGACAGAAGCCUCCCCUCUCUGUGUGCAAUGACAAGUGCUACCACGGCUACAGCAGAAAAAUGAAGGAGGGAGAGAAAUUCUGCUGUUAUGAUUGUGCUCCAUGUCCACAAGGGAAGAUGUCGAACCAAGAAGCGGUGGUGCUUGCCAUCUUCAUCAAGUACAAAGAUACUCCCAUAGUCAAAGCCAACAACCGGAGCCUCACUUAUAUUCUUCUUGUCUCACUCUUCCUCUGCUUCCUCUGCUCUUUGCUCUUCAUCGGACAGCCUAACACAUUGACUUGCCUGCUCCGACAAACAGCUUUUGGCAUCAUCUUCUCCAUUGCUGUAUCUUCUCUAUUGGCAAAAACCAUAAUAGUUGUGGUGGCCUUCAUGGCCUCCAAGCCAGGCAACCUUUUCCAGAAGUGGGUGGGGAAAAGGUUGGCACAUUCUAUUGUCAUUUUCUGCUCCUCGAUUCAAAUAAUCCUUUGUGCUCUUUGGUUGGCUGUUUCUCCUCCUUUCCCAGAUUUGGACAUGCACUCACUGACUGCAGAAAUUAUAAUGCAGUGUAAUGAAGGGUCAAUCAGUCUCUUUUAUUGUGUUUUGGGCUAUAUGGGUUUCCUGGCCAUUGUCUGCUUCACUGUAGCUUUCCUGGCCAGAAAGUUGCCUGACAGUUUUAAUGAAGCCAAGUUCAUCACUUUCAGCAUGUUGGUCUUCUGCAGUGUUUGGCUUUCCUUCCUGCCAACUUACUUGAGCACAAAAGGGAAAGACAUGGUGAUUGUGGAGAUCUUCUCCAUCUUGGCCUCCAGUGCAGGGUUAUUAGGCUGCAUCUUUUUGCCCAAAUGCUACAUUCUGAUAGUAAGGCCUGAGAUGAACAACAGAGAUGUGUUUUCCCCCAACUUCAACUGCAGCAUCCCGAAAAAUGUGGUAGGAAUCAUUGGAGGACUGAACUCUGAAACAUCCUCAUACAUGGCAGAUGUCUUAAGUCUUUACAAGAUCCCACAGAGGGAAAGGAAUGAAUUCCUAAGAGGAAAAGAUAAGCCCCAGCUGUUUCCAGCCGCCCUGGCCGUUCCCCGAGCGAAGGAAUUCUUAUGCAAACAGGAGGAGACGGAGGAACGGGAGAGAGUGGCCGAGAGGAUACUAAAGGAGGCUUUUGCUGAUUUGGAUGACCGAUUUUAUGACCUGCCAAAAGGACUGAGAUGA